GCAGCAGGACACACACAUGGUUUUCCUCUGGUUUAACUGAGUAUUUAGCUCCGUGUCUUUAAUGUGGAUCUGGACUUCUAAAGCUUAACUCACCCUGGAUGAACUUCAGAUGAGAGUGGAUGGAUCUUCUGAUAGGAAGUUGUGCACUAUGGCGAUGUUUACCACUCACUGCUUUGUAUGGAUACUUCUGAAAGCAACCUUUUGUUUGUGGGUUCUUGGACAACAUCAUAUCAACUUCACCAUCAACAAGAGAGCAUCACCUGAACUCAACAGAGAGAAGGAGCCUUCUUCACAGGAGGGCCGGGUACUUCAAACUAGGAUUUUGGCUCAGAACACCCAACAACCUCUUUCAAAGCAGAGACUUUGGGAAAUACUUGGAGAAAACUCCCAAUCACAAUCAAAUUCAUCCUUAAAGAUAAAGCUUCAACCUAUGAUGAAAGCUCAUGGAACUUCUAAGUUCUCCAGGACACUGACUUUAGGGGACUUUUAUUCAAACAUCAAGACAGUUAAACUGAACUGGCUGAUAAUGGGAAAGAUCGUGGAUCACGGGAAUGGCUCUCUCGGAGUCUACUUCCGCCACAGCUCCACCGGUGUGGGUAAUGUGUCCAUCAGUCUCGUCCCACUGAUGAAAGAGGUAGAGUUCGACCUGGUGCGCCAAAGUGUCGUCAACCCCAAAGACUCUAAGACGUUCAACUGCCGGGUGGACUACGAGAAAACUGAACGGAACAAAAAGGUGAUGCUGUGUAACUACGACCCAUCCAAGAUGUGUGCUCAGGAGCAGACUCAGAGCCACAUCACCUGGAUGUGCUUCAAACCCUUCCAGGUGAUCUGUAUCUAUGUGUCUUUCUACAGUACAGACUACAGGCUGGUUCAGAAAGUCUGUCCAGACUACAGCUACCAGAAACCCAGAGCGUACCUGCCCACAGAUUAACUGGAAGACAAACCAAGGAUACUGGAGAGUAAUAUUUACAUAUAGGAGCUCUGAGCCAAACAGUUUGGAGGUUGAUAGUUGUUUAAGGGAAAGUGCUCAAGAAAAUGUAUUUUCAAGUCUUAGAAUUUACAAUAUACUGCAAAUUAUGUUUUUAGUGCAAUAAUCUUGCUUGUAGACUGCAAGAGUUGUAUUGGCUUGUUUUUAUGAAAUACAUAUAAUUAACAACUAAGGGUUGUUUUG